AUCAAAUAAAAGCUAGCUAUGAAAUUUUGGACAAGACCAGCCCAAGAAAACCACUUGUGGCCCAAUAGCUCUGAAACCGGAGCUCAUCAAUUCAAUGCUUGCCAACAGUGCCACUGCAGCGCGGUUCUUGCUGCGAGUCUGAGAAAGAAAGGAGCGCCACUAUUUGCUUCCUCCGGGAAUAACUCGUCGGCGGCGGCACCGGAUGUCUGCUAAACUGCGCCUGGUGGGUGACUCCCUCAAGGUACAAUAUCCCUUCUGUCUCCUCAACAACACACUAAAUUACCAGCAAUCACUUCACUCUAAAUCUAAAUCCUUGCCCUUUUCUAGUCUCAUUUACCUUCCUAAAACCCUAAGCCCUUGUUUUCUAGGAGCCCAUUCUUAUCACUCCCUACCUUCCAAUUCACAAAGCUUUGAUUAUUUCUACCAGUUUUCUCCUUUUUGUCACUCAAAUUCUAAUUAUUUGAGCUCUUUAAAUUCCAAUGAGCGACGCAUAUUAGUUGUUGAAUUAUCUAAACUCAUAAAGCAAGGCAAAGGUUACAUUUUGAAGUCAUUUUCUCAAAAGUUUUGCCCUUUUUUCCUAGUUAAGAUCAUGAAACUAUUGGAAUCCCGUCAGUCUGCAUUUGCAUUUUUCAAAUUGGCAUUUCAAAAUGACUCCGAUGCUACUGUUCAUUCCUGUUGCAUCGCAGCGCAUAUCUUGGCUGCCGAAAGCCUCCAGCUUCUCGCACAAGAUGUGAUUUCUUGGGUUAUUAGGAGAAUUGGGGCUAGCAGGAGUGCACAUUUGGUGGAGUUUAUGUGGGCUAAUCACCACAAAUAUGAAUCUGAUUUCUCCAUCCUUAAUACGCUUAUGCGUGGUUUUAUGAAUUCAGAAAUGGCAUAUGAGUCAUUGGAGAUUUUGAGUCGGAUGAGGGAGGUGGGUGUGAGGCCAAGUUCAUCAGCAAUCUCAAUCCUUUUCAGGUUGCUGCUUAGAGUAGGCGAUUAUGGUAGUGUUUGGAAGCUGUUGAGGGGUAUGAUUCGGGAUGGUCCUCGCCCUUGUAAUCAUAAUUUCAAUAUAAUGAUUCUUUGUUUUUGUCAAAAAGGUUAUCUUAGGGUUGCUGAGAGUUUGUUAUUUGUUAUGCCAAAGUUCUGUUGUGAACCUGAUGUUUAUGCAUACAACAUUUUGAUUAAUGCAUAUCGAAUUAGGGGGAGGACCUCUGAUGCUCUUGGCUUUUUGCAUUUGAUGAUAAAAAAUGGAUGUAAACCUAGCUUAAUUACAUUCAGCACAAUUAUAACUGCAUUUUGUAAUGAGGGAAAUGUGGUGGAAGCGCGGAAAAUUUUUGAGGGGAUCCAAGAGGUGGGUCUUUCUCCAAAUGUUGCAAUGUAUAACACCUUGAUGAGUGGAUAUUUUAAGGCUAGGGAUGUUUGUCGAGCAAAUAUGCUGUAUGAAGAAAUGAGGGACAAGGGUAUAGCUCCUGAUGGUGCAACUUUUAAUAUUUUGGUUGCAGGGAAUUACAAGUAUGGGAAAGAAGCGGAUAGUUACGAGUUGUUCAGGGAUUGGUCACUUUCAAGUUUGGUUCCAGAUUGUUCACUGUAUGAUGUUUCUGUUGCAGGGUUGUGUUGGGCAGGUCAGUUGGAUGAGGCCAUGCAAUUUUUAGAGGAUAUGCUUGAGAAAGGAAUGCCUCCAAGUGUGGUUGCUUUUAAUUCAGUAAUUGCAGCUUAUAGCAGGGCAGGAUUUGAAGACAAUGCUCAUAAAGCAUAUAAAAUCAUGCUUAUGUUUGGUCUAGUUCCAUCAUCUUCCACAUGCAGUUCUAUGCUUUUGGGUUUAUCCAAGAAGGGGAGAUUGCAAGAAGCGAGGGACCUCUUGUACAAGAUGAUAGAUAAAGGUCUCCCCGUCAAUAAAGUUGCUUUUACAGUGCUAUUAGAUGGGUACUUCAAGGUAGGGGACACAGCAGGGGCUCAUUCUCUGUGGUAUGAGAUGGAAGCAAGGGGGAUAUGUCCUGAUGCUAUUGCCUUCUCAGCAUUUAUUGACGGCCUUUCCAAAGCUGGCCUGGUGGAAGAGGCAUAUGAAGCAUUUUCAGAAAUGUCAAAGAAAGGGUUUGUGCCUAACAACUUUGUGUAUAACUCUUUGAUCCAUGGACUUUGCAAUUGUGGCAAGCUGCAUGAAGCAUUAAAGCUGGAGAGGGAGAUGAGGCAAAAGGGUCUUCUUCCUGAUAUUUUUACAACCAAUAUCAUCAUUAACGGGUUCUGUAAAGAGGGCAGAAUGAAGUCUGCAUUUGACGUUUUUGCGGAGAUGCAUCAUAUUGGGGUGACCCCAGAUACUGUCACCUAUAAUACAUUAAUUGGUGGUUAUUGUAAGGUGUUAGACAUGGUUAGUGCAGAUGAGUUCCUAAAUAAAAUGUAUGCGAGUGGAUGGGAUCCUGAUAUUACCACCUAUAAUAUACGUAUUCAGGGAUUCUGCAGUAGUCAAAAAAUUAGUCGAGCUGUGACAAUGUUGGAUGAGCUUAUAGCAGUUGGUGUUGUUCCAAAUACUGUAACAUACAACACUAUGAUGAAUGCUGUUUGUACUGACAUGCUAGAUCGUGCUAUGGUUUUAACUGCAAAAUUGCUUAAGAUGGCUUUUGUUCCGAAUGUCGUAACUACCAAUGUACUACUGUCUCACUUUUGCAAGCAAGGGAUGCCUGAGAAGGCCUUAAUUUGGGGUCAGAAAUUAAGUGAGAUUUCAUUUGAUUUUGAUGAAAUUUCCUAUAAAAUUAUGGAUAGAGCCUACAUUAAGAUACAAAAUAAUUCUGAAGUAUUCAGAGCGACAUCUGAAAAGAGCCUUUUUCUGGAUUUCCUUAUGUAUAUUACAUAUGAUUUUUUUCAAACAGCUUCAAAGAAGACAAGUCAGGAUCCAGUUAAACUGAUUGAAAAUGGUUAUAGUUGAUUUAUAUAUAAGUUCCCGGGAUUUCAGUUCUUAUGGUUUCUGGGGGUCUUAUGCAAAAAUUCGGGGGAGUGGAUUUUGAUGUUCACUACUUUUUGAGAGAAGUUGUGCAUCUUGGCUGACAUGGUAUUGGUUGAGACUGGUUACUAUAUUUGGAAAGUAACCAGAAGGCAGAAAGAAGAGCGGAUUAAGUCGGUGACAGAAUAUGCGCAAGCUGUGAGUUAAUGGAUGAUCUGACAUGAAAUGGAGCUGAAAAGAGAAUGCAUGGUUAUCAUCAUGUCUGCAGAUAAACUUUUAAGAGCUGAUUUCAUUGGUUAUUGGCUGGUGUAUAUCUUGUCUAUGGUAAGAUGACCAGACUGGUACAGGUUCUUCAUUGGCAAUUAAAAAUUUUGAAUUAACACUCAUAUGCCAAGUAUAAACUUCUCUUGCUGAAAAUUGCUGAUAACCAUGCCAAUGUGUUGGCGUUAAAGGAUAAACAAGCCACAGCAGGCUCCACCAAGUUCAUUUAUUGGCUGAUGCUUGGCAUUGUAAUGAUGCCUUUUACUAAUUGGAAGGCUUGUCUUAAAGGGCUUGAAGGCUCUUAACAAACAAUUUUGUCAUUGAAGUGGCGUUGAAUAGUGGAGGUUUGAGCAUUUUAAGCGGCUAGUGAAUGGGUUGAAAUUCCAAGAUUGCUUUGAAUUUUUAAGUUGGUGCAAUGCGAGUCGGACAGUCUUGUUUUAAUACGAGUCGGACAGUCUUGUUAUAAUGGGAGGAGCCACUCCUAUUGAGAGAAAAAAAGCAGCUUAAAUUAUUAGCCAACACUAUUGUUUUGUGAACUUUUGCAAUGAGAAAGACAGAGAGGCUUACCAUCCAAUGAGAUGUUGACUUGAAGUAGAAUGUAGUCCAUCAUCUACUAGCCUUCCAUCCCUCUCUUGUGCUGUACAUCGAACUUCAUUUUUUUCCGUCUAUGUCAAAAUAGUAACAUGAUGUUUGGUGCCA